ACCGCUGCUCUCCUUCUCGGUGGUUAGUGCGUUGAGCGGCGGAGGGAAGUAAAGUUAACGCGUCUGGUUCGUGCUUCCGUGGACCAAACAGCAGCAGCAGCGGUGCGCUUUCCCUCCUCCAGAUCCUCCAGAUCCUUCAGAGCCGCGGGCAUCCCGGAGAGCCUCGGACACCAGCAGGAGGAUACUGCUUUCUUCUUCUUCUUCAUUAUCAUUAUUUUGACUGAUUGAGACAUACAUAUUUUUCUCUUUCCCUAAUGGUAACCAACACUGAGCAGCCGGAGACAUGUGGAAUAAUCUGGGGAAACUGCACCUAUUCUCACUAGUGUGUCUUCUCCUGACGCUGGGGGCCGAGGUGUCUCAUUGUACGGGCUACUUCGAGCUGCAGUUGAUUUCGGUGGAAAACCCCAAAGGUCAGCUCCUGAACGGCGACUGCUGCGACGCGGAGAAGAGCGCAGCGGAGGGCCACUGCGGCGAGGACGAGUGCGACACCUACUUCAGAGUGUGUUUAAAGGAAUACCAAACAGAGGUCACGACCAACGGACAGUGCACCUACGGCUCGGAAACUACAAAGGUUAUCGGUGGGAAUACUUUUCAGUUCAAGGGCGGACAGAAAACCGGACCGAACCGGAACAAUGACGCCGGGAAGAUCCUCAUCCCCUUCCAGUUCGCGUGGCCGCGAGCAUACACUGUGAUAGUGGAGGCGUGGGACAGGGACAACGGCACUCACAGCAAUGAUGAUGAGCUGCUGAUUGAGCGCAGCAUCUACAAAGGGAUGAUCAACCCCGGGGACGAGAAGCAGACGGUGGAGUAUAAACGCUCAACCACCAGCCUGGAGUACACCAUCCGCGUGCGAUGCGACGAAAACUACUACGGCAGCAAGUGCAACAAAGUGUGCCGUCCCCGCGACGACUACUUCGGCCAUUACGUGUGCGACCAGCAGGGGAACAGAGGCUGCAUGGAGGGCUGGACCGGACCCGACUGCAAAUCAGCCAUCUGCAAACAAGGAUGCAGCCUGCAGCAUGGGACGUGCAGCGUGCCGGGUGAAUGCAAGUGUAACUACGGCUGGCAGGGAUCGCUUUGUGACGAGUGCCUGCCGUAUCCCGGCUGUGUUCACGGUACCUGCAACGGGCCCUGGCAGUGCACCUGUGAGAAGAACUGGGGCGGUCUGCUCUGUGAUAAAGACCUGAACUACUGUGGGACCAACCGACCCUGUAAGAACGGAGGCACGUGCAUGAACACAGAGCCAGACGAGUAUAACUGCGCCUGUCCAGAUGGCUACUCUGGCAAGAACUGCGAGAUCGCGGAGCACGCCUGUGUUUCCAACCCCUGUGCCAGCGGGGGAACAUGCCAUGAAGUCCCAUCAGGCUUUGAGUGUCACUGUCCGGCAGGCUGGUCCGGGCCAACCUGUGCUAAAGACACGGAUGAGUGUGCCUCCAACCCCUGUGCUCAGGGUGGAACCUGCAUGGACAUGGAGAAUGGCUUCGAAUGCCUCUGCCCUCCACAGUGGACGGGCAAGACCUGCCAGAUAGACGUUAAUGAGUGUGCAGGGAAGCCUUGCCUCAAUGCUUACUCUUGCAAAAACUUGAUUGGUGGAUAUCACUGUGCCUGCUUUCGUGGAUGGGUUGGCCAGAACUGUGACACCAACAUGAACAGCUGCCAUGGUCAGUGUCAGAACGGAGGGACCUGCAAGGAGGUGGCCAGAGGCUACCAGUGUGUUUGCCAGGCGGGGUUUGUGGGUCGCCACUGCGAGGUUCAGAGAAACCGCUGUGCCAGCAGUCCGUGUAGGAACGGUGGGCGCUGCCAUGCCCUGCUGGAGGGGUUUAUGUGUGAAUGCCCGCAGGGGUUUGCUGGUACAACCUGUGAGGUGCAGAAUGACCCGUGCAGCCCGAACCCAUGUCAAAAUAAAGCCCAGUGCCACAGCCUGAUGGGAGACUUCUACUGCAGCUGCCCGGACGAUUACGAGGGCAAAACGUGUUCGGAGCUUAAGGACCACUGCAAGACAAACCAUUGUCAAGUGAUUGACAGUUGCACGGUAGCCGUGGCUACCAACGACACCCAAAAGCGAGUGUGGCACAUCUCAUCUAAUGUGUGCGGUCCCCACGGCCGCUGCAUCAGCCUGCCUGCCGGGAACUUCAGCUGCUCCUGUGAGCCGGGAUUCACUGGCACCUACUGCCACGAGAACAUCAACGACUGUGCGUCAUCUCCCUGUAAGAACGGAGGUACUUGUAUUGAUGGGAUCAACUCCUUCCAGUGUUUCUGCCCAGACGGCUGGGAGGGCAGUCUGUGUGAUGCUGAUGUGAACGAGUGCAACAGGAACCCCUGUCAGAAUGGAGGCCAAUGUGUCGAUCUGCUGAACGACUUCUACUGCAACUGUGUGGACAACUGGAAAGGAAAGACCUGCCACUCGCGUGAGAGCCAGUGUGACUCCACUACCUGCAGCAAUGGCGGGACGUGUUACGACCAUGGAGACUCCUUCCUGUGUAGCUGCCCUUCAGGCUGGGGGGGCAGCACCUGCAACACAGCCAAGAACAGCACGUGCGACUCAGGUCCGUGUGAGAACGGCGGGACGUGUGUUGGAGCUGGAGACGCCUUCAACUGUAUCUGCAAGGACGGCUGGGAGGGAGCCACCUGCGCACAGAAUGUUGAUGACUGCAACCCACAUCCCUGCUACAACGGCGGCGUCUGCGUUGACGGCGUGAACUGGUUCCGCUGCGAGUGCACCCCGGGGUUCGCCGGACCGGACUGCCGCAUCAACAUAGAUGAGUGCCAGUCGUCUCCUUGUGCCGAAGGUUCCACCUGUGUAGAUGAAAUCAACGGCUACCGCUGCGUUUGUCCCCCGGGACACGCUGGAGCGCGCUGUCAGGAGUUCAUCGGCCUCGGGAAGCCGUGUCGUCACGCUGGCUUGCAGUUUCCUCACGGCAGCCGCUGGGAGGAGGAGUGCAACGCCUGCCAGUGUGUCAACGGAUUCGUCGGCUGCUCCAAGGUGAGGUGUGGCCGCCGGCCCUGCCUCCUCCCGAAGGCUCCGCCCCCCCCAGACGCCGAUGCCCCUUCCUGCCCAGCCGGCCACGAGUGUGUGGAGCAUCAGUUCCUCACCUGCUUCUCGCCGCCCUGUCACCAGUGGGGCGUGUGUUCAACGCCGGACCCCCCGACACCCCUGCACACCCAGUGCGAGCCCAACAGUGGUUACCUCGACAACAGCUGUGCUCGCAUCACGCUCAUCUUUAAAAAGGACAAAGUGCCACAGGGCACCACUAUAGAGAAGAUCUGCUCCGAGCUGCGGUACCUCCCUGUCACUCGGACGCUGGCGGAGGAGCGAGCGCUGCUCAUCCUCUGUGACCAGUCCUACUCCAACAGUGACGCCGUGGAGGUUGCCAUGUCCUUUGAAGAGGACAGGCGAUCGAAGGACAGUGAUCGGGACCGCGGUCAGAUCCAGAAGGCCGCAAGCGCUGUCAUUGGUGCCCUGUCCAAACGCCAAAACAGCAGUGUCAUGCUGGCCGUGGUGGAGAUCAAAGUGGAGACGCCGGUUGAGCCGCCGCCUGUUGGUUACCUGGUCCCGGUGCUGUGCGUUGUCUUCAGCCUCCUGUGGGUCUUCUGCAUCGUCGUCUGCGUCUGGUGGACGCGCAAGCGGAAGAAAGAGCGCAAGAGAGUGGCCCGCUCCGAGGACACCACGGUCAACAACCAGCUGGAGCCGCUGCGGAACAACCGCGGCAAAGACAUUCAGUACGAAUGCAAGAAGCUGAUGGGCCCGUCGGACCGAGUGUGUGACGGGGCGGAGGGCGAGGAGGGGGGGGAGCCGGACGGGGAGCCGGAGGAAGACGAGGAGAGGGUGCUGGGCAUGGGGGACAGGUGUCCGCCGCAGAAGUGCAGCGUAGCAGCCGCGAAGGACAGGGGGGAGAUGGGUAAGGGAGGGGUCAUCUGCACGUCCCGCAGCGGUCCGGUCAAGGCGCCACACCGGACGGCGUACAGCCCCAAAGACAACCGGUGUAAAAACCUGAACGCCGCCAAGCUCAGCGAGGACAUGAAAGACCACUAUGUAUGAACACGCGAGAGGGACGAGGGACCUUUUUCCCGAAUCAAAGAGAAAAAAAAAACUGCGAUGUCUUCAACGUCACUGAAUUUUCAACUCUUAAAAAAGCACCAAAAGUGAAGAUUAAAGAUGCUUUAAUUUUCUAUAUAUUUUUUUUGUUUUCGUUCGUCACACCUUAUUUAACUUCUUCUUUGUCUGCAAGCACGGAAUCCUUAUUUUUUUACCAAAAACCAACCCCAAAAAAAUACAGAAAAACAACAAAAAAAGAAAAAACAUCACAGCUUCAGGAUUUCUGCUUGUUCUCGUCACAGUGAUGAAAUCAAGAAACGUUUUCUUUUUCACAGCGCCCGAUUUCUCUCUGUGUACAAACAGUUUUUCCCACUUUGCCUCACCAGAACUAACGCUUUCCCUUUUUUUUUGUUUCUUAAGACUUUGAGAUGGGACUAAGCGUGCUCAGCUGGCAGCUGUUAACAUUGUUUCUACUGGUCCUGUCUGCCUUAGCCCAAACCUGCGGGCCUUUUCUACACUGUGUUCAUAUCAUGUCUUUUUAUUAAAAAAAAACAAUAAAAAAAACACAUUUUAUAUACAUUUAAAGUUCUUGAACAUUGCCGCAGAGAAUCCACUCUUUGAUACCUGGCAUGAGCAUUUUUUUUGUUUACAUUCAAAAACAUUUUUUUUCUUCAUUUUUUUUGUUAAGGCUUACUUACUUUUAAAUAAUAUGCCACUGCUUCCUGUGAUUCAACAUGAUGAUUUCUUUCAGUAUUUUCUUUGGUAGAAAAGUGCCUUUUAGCCCUUAUUCUUUUCUCUUUUUUUCUCUCUGCCUAUAGAGUUUAUGAAAGCAGAAUUUGAAAUACAUUUAAAGGGAAAGAUGUCCUAGUAACAACUCUUCACACCACAGUAAAGGUUAUUUUCUUUGCAAUGUACAUAUGUAAAUACGACAAAAAAUGGCUGUGUAUAUUUUAAUUUAGUAACUUAAGUGAUGCUUUGUAUCAUAGUUAUUCUAAAGUCUUUUGUUUUUGUGUUUUUUGUUAUGUCAUUCCGUUUUUAGUGUCUGUCGACCCUAUGACAGGUGUUACAGAUCGAUUUUGAAUCAUGAGCAUUGGCUUGAAAAGUAAACCCGUCAUGUUUGUUUUGUCUCUGUGUUGAUGGUGAUUUUUUUUGUCACAGCUGUUAACACAAAUGCAGAGUUUGUCAUUGAGAGAGGUUGUUAGCAUCUGAGCAGUGUUCACUGCUGCAACUAUAGAAACCUCCUUUCCAACAGUCCUGUUCAUUUCAUUGGAGUCUUGUUUUUCAUCCCCUAAA